CAACUUCAAACAGGACUUGUUGGUGGUUGGUGGUUGGUGGUUGUUGGUCUCGCGCACACCACUCACACACAUCAAACGCACGGAAGGCCAACGAUGAGCGACGCGGAGGACGUGCGAGACGACACGUUUGUUGUCGCGGUCCAUGGCGCACCGGCUCUGCGCGAUGACAUUAUCCCCGAGAUUCAGAGAAGGCUUCCCCUCUCCAAGCUGAGGUGGAAGAGCACAACGCUCGGUCGCGAUCUGUUUGUGCCAGUGCUGCCAGCCACGGUUCGGCCGUUCUCAUCGGAAGACGUCAUGCCACCAUCCUCAACUCACACCUUCCACCGACAGCCCAUCCUGCACAUCUGUGCCGUCGCUUGCCAGGACUUGAACGAAUAUCGACAGAAGCGACGUGUGGAAGUGCUGCAGUGGCACGAACAGGUCCAGGCACGCAGCCACGCCGGGUGGCUCAUCGUGCACGUGACACCAACACCAGCCCGCGCAAAGAGCAUGCGGCUGUCCCUUCGCGAAGACGUCCUGGGCCGCCUGCGCAGCGAUUUCGGGGGGAAGGGACAGGCAGAUGCGUGCCUGCAACUGCCGCUGACGGGAGCGUCGAUUGCGCGCGACCUGCACGAUAACGUGUGGGGCGCGUUUGUUGCUCGCAUGAGAGGCGUCUUCAUCCAGCACAUCGAGUUCAGGCUGCGAUGGUUGAGCGAGCGGGCGCAGGUGAGAAUUCCGCCGCAUUUCUCGUCAGCGCCGGCCAUCGCCGUUGCCGCCACCGGCCGAUACGACAAAAAGCAGAGCAGCAGCAGCAGGCAUGACGAGGCGUUCAUCACAUCUGUCAUCGAGCAGGAUGAUUUGGCGCUGUGCUUGCAAGCAUCUGGACUGCGAUCAGACGCAUGUGCCGUGUAUCGAAAACUCCUGCAUGAUAUCCACACAUUCGCUGAGAACCACGCGCGAACCUUGCCCCUCUCGUUUGCCCCCGUGCGAGAGACCGUAUUCGGAAGCGACACGCCUCAACAACAACAACAACAACAGCAGCAGCAGCAACAGCAACAACAGCAGCAGCAGCAGCAGGCCGCCCUGUGUGUGUUUGGCGCUGCGCUGUGCUCGCCAACACAACCACCAUCGUCAUCGUCAUUGCAGGCAGUCGCAACUGCAUCACCCUCGUCGUCAUCAGCAGCAGCAGCAGGAAAACUGGACAGUUUUUCCUUUUCGUCUGCGCGUCUUGCCCGCACGCGUGAGCGUAUGAUUUCGCACAGGGCGGCGCUUGUGGACGUGUACAUGUACACAUAUGCACGAUACGCGCGUGUGCUGAGAGCUCAACGUGACAUCAACGCUGCAGUGGAUGUUGUGCUCGAAUGCAUUGUCACCCUCUCCCACCUGCUCCAUCAGUGGCCAGCGGUGUCGUGCAGUGCGCGUGCUCGGGAGUGGCGAUGUGUCACCGCCCUCGACGCCAUCCGCUUCAUCCAUUCCUGCAGCCGCGACCAACACAUGACCGCACCCCUUGGCGUCAACUUCGGCAUCUUGCUCGACUUCACAGCGCGGUGCAUGGUGGCGUUUGGCGCACACGUGCACCGCCAUCUCCCGCACCACCGCCCCUUUGUCGCCGACGCAACGUCCGCUGUGCACGACAUGUGCACGUGGCGUCCAUCCAUGCAAGCCUUGUCAUCGACCCCGUCGAAGGCCAUGGUCGCGGUGUCAUCGUCGUCAUCGUCUUCUUCGUUCCUGUCUCCGCUCAACAGCCUGACAGCAAGUCCCGCUCGCCACAUCACACAACAACAACAACAACAACAACAACAACAACAACAACAACAACAACAGCAACAACUUCAACAACAACAACUUAAACAACAACAACAAGCAGGUGGUGACAAUGGUGAUGAUGCGUGUGAGUUACAGCUGCAGCAGAGAGCGGAAUCAAUUCCACUUUCGCCUGAGCAUCACCACAUCCCCGCUUUUCCGCACACUGAGAGCAACGCCAGCCCGCGAACUGGCCACGUAGUUCGCAGACAUGACGAAGAAGACAAUGAUGAUGGCGGUGAAGGUGAUGAUGAUGGUGAUCACAGUGGUGGUGUUGCUGGUGACGAGAACAACAGCGGCACCGGUUGUGCUGACGGUCGUCAGAGUCACGACGAUGAAGUGUUGCAGGAGCUGCUUGUUGUGCACGAAGCGUCUGUUGCGGAUGCUGAUGGCGAUGAUGACGGCGACAGCGUUGAUGGCGUGUGUGGCGGCGGCGUGGAGGUUGUGCUUCAUGGAGAUGACGCGACACACACGCACGUACCCGCUGACACCGACCACAACCAGCAGCAACCAUCCCGACAACAAGUACAACACCACCCGCAUCCUGACCCGAGCAUGAAUGGCGCUAUUGUUGUUGCUGCUGCUGCUGCGGGACGGCCCGGUGCCGACGAUGACGGCCGCUCAGACAACACGAUACAGAUGCACAGGGCGCGGUCGCCCCGGCCACCACCGCUGGCACCACCGGAGCAUGAGAGCCCGCUGGCGCUGUCGACAUCAGCACAGUCGGCCGUGAGUGGGGAUGAGGGCAGCAGCGUCGCGUCGUCGCGGCCGUCAACGUGCGAGCCAGACGCAUUCACGCGUGCAGGGGCACACGCGCAGCAGCGGUGGCUGCAGCCCGACAACUCUGAUGUCGUUUCGCCGCUCGAUUCUCCAAUUCGCCGGACUGCGCCAUCACCGCUGCGCAGAACACAGCGAGGCGAACCCCGACAACAAUGCCUUCAGGCAACGCUUGAGAAACGAUCAUCGCGCAGCAUCCUGCGCUCAUGCCAAGACCUGUCGACGUUUUCGUCCGUGACCAUCAACAUUGCGGAGGCGAGCAUGCAUCACUUUCAGAUGCUGCCAAAGCGGCGCCUGGCGCUGGUUGCAAUGCUGCAACUCGCUGCUCUCCACCUCGCACUCGGCAAUCCCGUCGAGGCACAAGCCCUCUUUGCACACGCUGCCAGGCAAGCGCAGGCCGACCGCUGGCUGUCGUUGCAGCUGGAGGCGCUACAAGGGCUGUGCGCGUGCCACGCUGCGAACAUGAUGUGGUCGCGCCUUGCGUCAUGCUGCUGCCGGGUUCUCGCUGCACUCGCACGCAUCGACUCCACCGUACUCUCCACUCGCCACAGCCCACCGACACAACUCGCGCGCGAGUAUUUGGAGCUGUUGUCUGCGAUCACGCAGCACUCGCCAUCCCUCCCACCGCUGUCACCAACACAGCUGCUGCAGGCCACCAAAUGCACGCUUGUGCUGACGACGAUUGCACACGGUGCUCGGGACGCGCGUGACAGUGCAGACGCAGCACAACAUGGUGUUGCAUUCCAUGCCGGCAGCACGAUUGCAGUGGAUUUGACCAUCACAAGCCAGGCGCCGCUCUCGCUGACGUUUGACACCAUUGAACUACCAUGCUCUCCCCUGCACUAUCAUCCUCAUCUUCAUCGUCAACAUCAACAACAGCUCUCACUGCCGCCGCUUGACCAACACGACAGCGACAAAUCCGACAAUGACAGCGACCAGCAACAGCAAGACAGGCCAAGUCCCCACACUGCACACUCUGACAGAAGCAGCACCAGCAGCACCAGCAGCAGUGACGAUGGUGAUAACGAUGAUGCUGCGUCAUCUCUUGUUCUUCGCGCAACGACGGCGCCAAUUUUGCUUGAGCCAGAGGGCAGAGAAACGCACAUCCACUUGCAGGCCAUUGCCACAAGAGGGGAGUAUCGGGCGUCGUCUGUCGAGUUGCGAAUGCACAACGCCGUCUUCACACUGCCGUUGGAACAGCUGUCAAAUCCACUUCAUUUCCGUGUGUCGCCAGCUGUGGAUGACGUGCGGCUGUUUGCAGAGUGUGAAGCGAGCACACGACACACAAACAUGCACAAGAACGGAGGAAAAAGUGGGGCGCCGUCGCUGCAGCACGACGUGACCACGUGUGGUGUGCUUGAACGGCAGCACCAACCAUUGGUGCUCGUGUUUGGCUGCCAGCAACACCAUACACUGACCCUGUGCCCUGGUGCCCUUGGCACGAAAGCCCUGCGCGCUUAUGUGCAGUCGCAGUCGCCGCCACUGUCCAUCAGCCUUGAUGCCAUCGUCACCACUGCAUCGACCAGCCACAAUGACGCCCAUAGCAACAGCGACGACGACACUGUGCAACCCGCACAACGCGAUGACGCAGCCACGAUGGCUGUCGAAGGUGGGGAGCUGACGGUGCGCGGUGCAAACCAACAGCACGUCCGCCUGCGCGUGUGCUCGACAACAGUAAAGCGCUCGCGCCGCCAACGCCUCGUGACAACAUGCAGCACGGCACACGCACCAUCGCCAACACCAGCGCACCAGAAUCAUGAGCAUCGCCAACAUCGCCCUUCAAUUGGAGACCAGGGCCAAGUCUUGCUGCUGGGCAGUGGUGAGCACGACGAUAAUGCAGAUGAUGUUGUUGCUGUUGAUGAUUACAAUGCCGAUGAUGACGACGAGGAUGAGGAUGGACCGCUGGCUGUAGAUGCGCACGUGACAUACACCCAACUCACAUCUCUUGAGCGCAAGUCACACACGCGCAGACUUCCUACGCGUGUGUGUGAUCUAGUGGCAGCGCGUUGUUGCUCUUGGGUUCAGGACUCACGCGUAAUCCUGCGCAUCGCACUCACUGACUUUGCUGCUGCAUGUCGUGUUGAGACGGCGACGCUGACCUUUGAAGACAGUGCGACUCAGCUGUCGUACACAUGCACGCCGCUGUUCCCGACGGACGUGCCCUUCACUGUCUGCCAUCCACGCCAAGAGAUCACACUUGCGUGGAUGCUGAGUUUGCACAGCAGCAGCAGCGACAGCAGCAGCAACAGUGACACCGGCAAUGACAGCAGCAACAACGCAUUGCCGUCAACGCAGACGCCUGAGGUUGACGGACAACAACAACAACAACAACAACAACAACAACAACAACAACAACAACAACACGGCAUGCAGCAACUACUUCAAUCCAUGACCGCGACCGCUGGGCUGUCAGUUGCUGUGUCGCCACUUGGUGACGAGCGCAAUCACGCUGACAACGACACGUGUGACCAAUUGGUGUCGUUCAACAACGCCCACACCAUCGAAUGGGAUGUGGAGCUGCACCAUCCCCGCUUCCUCCUGGAAGCGCAAUGGCGCAUUCCUUCAUCCCACUCAAACGACAACGCCAACACCAGCAUGGAUAACGACAACACCGACACCGACACCGAGGGCAUGUGGCCGGCUGGUCAGUGGAUUGAGGUCACGUGCGCCCUCCACCUUCGAUCGCUCGCUAUUGAGUCUGCACCCGGAGCAAACACGACGCAGGAUCGACGUGCAUGUGUUGGCGUUCCGGUGCACAUUACAGUUGGUGCUGGGUGGCUCGUAUCGGGUGCUGCGUCACGUGUCGUGCCAAUGGAGGUUGGUGGCACCACCAACAUGAACGUCAUUCUGCUGCCACUCGUCAGCAACGCACCACCCAAGCCAACACUGUCCGUACAAGUGAAGGCUGACGGUGACAGCACCACCACUCACGCGACAACGCCCGUCAUUGUCAUCAACACCACGCACAAUUGAGGGUGUGUGUCUCUGUCUGUGCAUGUGUCUGUCUGUGUCUGUGUCUGUGUGGAAGUGUUGAACACACCUGUGUGCGUGUGUGCGUGUGUGUGGUUGUGUGCAUUGCGAGCCAUUCGGUUUCAAUAGGACAACGAGUGAGCGGGGGAAUUGCAAUCGAGCAGAACCAAGCACACGUGUGUGUGUGUGUGUGUGUGUGUGUGUGUGUGUGUGUGUAAACGACGACGAUGCAACCGCAAAUAAACGAAAUUGAGCCA